GACGGAAGGAUUUUCAGUGUUUGGGUUGCCACCUCGCAGCAUAUCACAUUUCAUCGGUCGGCGGACGAAGAAGGCUUUUUGUUGUCCAUCACACACACGAUCAUGAACACGGAGCUCCUCUCAGACGAAGUGUUGAUGUCGCCUGCACACCACUCACAUCUCUUGCGGCAGUACAGCCUCAACAUUCCCCGACCAGGCACCGAGCACGCACAUCAGAAAAUUGUGUCCAGUGCACGCCAGCGCUGGCAGCAAUAUCACCUCAAGUGGCGUGCGCCGCCCGACGCCGCGUCCGACGCGGCCACGAUCUAUCACGAGGAAGUAUUCGAGGUCAUCUUUGGCGAAGGGUUGUUGGGCAUCGAGUUUGCUAUCGACGACACCACGGACCGCGUCGUGAUCAAGAGUGUCGCAGCUACAUUGUCGUCGUCGUCAUCACGACAUUUCAAAAGCAAGCACACAACGCAGGUGGUCGUGGGGAGUCAGCUGCGUCCAGGGCUCGUGGUCGACGUCAUCAACGACCAGCAGGUCCACACCCUGCACGGGGACGAAGUGCUUCGCAUGCUCGGGACGACGGAACGCCCCAUGUACGUGAGUUUCACCACUUGCGACAGCAGCAUGGUAGUGUGCCGCCUCUGCGAAUGCCGUGUGGAAGCAUCUCGGCUGGACGAGCACAUGGAGCUGUGUGUUUUCUCCAAGAAACACGAGCAGGAGGCCAGCCACAUCAACAGCAUGCUGCUGCGCAUCGCCGACGUGCUCGACUCGAACAUGCGCACCCACGACAUGUUGUCCUACUUUAGCGAUACCGACGUGGCUCUAUACAAGACCAUGCGCGCCAUUGCCCUGCAGGCGGCGAUAUGCGACAUUGCGAGUGUCGAUUCGUUCGAGUUGUGCGUCCGGCUGAUGAAGCUGCUCGACCAAAACUGCGACGAGGUCGUCGGCGACCGCCCCACGUCCAGCUGGGUCGUGGACCGCGGGGCCAAGUACAGCGCCCGCAUUCAGCACUUGAUUCAUGCGAAAAUGAACCAAAUGCGGAAAACGCACAAGAAGAUGCUUGUGCACCACACGUCGGCCCCAGUCUACCGUACAAAGUCGUUGGAGCACCAAGACAACAACCAGCGGCGCCACGCUGGAACCCCCAUCAACCCCAGUAGUGGUGGUGGCCAUCCCAAGCUGCCGUCGCUGCGCGUGACCAUCGAUGACUUCGACAUUAUCAAGCCCAUCUCCAAGGGUGCGUACGGCAAAGUGUACUUGGCCAAGAAGAAGACAACGGGCGACCAAUAUGCGAUCAAAGUUCUGGCCAAGGAACACGUGUUGCGAAAGAACCAGCUGUCCAACAUUGAAGCGGAGCGCGAUAUUUUGGCCAGUGUGCAAAGCCCGUUUGUCGUAAAGUUGUUUUGGACGUUUCAAUCGCAGUUCAACUUGUUUCUGGUCAUGGAGUACUUGCCUGGAGGGGACUUUAUGUCGUUGUUGGAGUGCAUUGUGCGACUAGAAGAACGGGUUGCGUGCAUUUACAUUGCCGAAAUCGCCUUGGCGUUGAACCACUUGCACUCGAAAGGGUGUGUGCAUCGAGAUUUGAAGCCAGACAAUAUAUUGAUCGGGUCCAAUGGCCACAUCAAGUUGACGGACUUUGGGCUGUCGGAAGAAGGCGUGAUCAUGACUGACACAGCAGCGUCCAUGUCCCCCGACCGCCAACGGUCGUCGUCGAAUAGUGACCAGAGCAGCACCAAUAGUGACCUUUGCCACGACUACAGUGACGACGAAGACUUGCUCGAAGUGCUCGACGUGUUCCAUCCAUCCCCAGGCCCUGACGGCGUCGCGGCUUCGGACGAUUGCCACAUGCGGGGGGAAUUUCUCAACGCAUUCGCCGACAGCCCCAAAGAUCAGGACGGAUCCAAGCAUCGAUGUGGCACGCCAGACUAUUUGAGUCCAGAGAUUCUGUUGGGGCACGAGCACGGCACCCCUGUCGAUUAUUGGGCACUGGGGGUGAUUCUGUACGUAUAUGUCGUUGUUGCCAGGGAAUUGGAAAUGGUGUGUGGCUGGACUGUUGUUUGCGUGUGUGUUUGUUAGGUACGAAAUGCUCGUGGGGUUCCCUCCCUUUAACGACGACACGGUCGAAGCGAUCUUUGCCAACAUUCUGGACCGCCGCAUCGACUGGCCGAACGAAGACCAGCGGCUGAGCCCCCACGUGGAGGACCUGAUCAACCGCCUGCUCGACCCGAACCCCGAUACCCGCCUCGGGUGGACCGACCUGACGAUGCAUCCGUUCUUUCAGGACCACGGGGUGCAUUGGGACACGCUAUUGGACACGACGCCGCCGUUCGUUCCGACGUUGGACGAUCCGUACGACACGAGCUACUUCAACAACCGCAACUUGACCGAAGCUUUCGUGGACGACAGUGGCGAUGCCACGUCAUCGUCGUCCAACGACCUCGUGGUUGGUCCGACAAAGUCGAUUGAUAUCCCUAAGUUGUCCAGCAGCAGCAGCAGCGGGGGGGCACGGCUGUCGUCAUCGGGCAAACACUCGGGGGGGGCGUCGGCCCCCAGAGACCGCUUCUUGGACGGGAGUUUCGCCAUGACCCCCGAAGCCUUCCGCACGUUCAGCUUCACCAACAUGCAUGCGCUCGUGGCAGCGGGGCGCGAAGAAGCUCAUGGGAAGAUCGGCGGGCGAGACCUCUUGAUGGGGGCCACGUCAAAUCGUAAUUUAUGGCUAUAAUGAGUAAUACGCACGUGGUAUAUUUAUGGGA